UCGUGUUUGUUUGCAAAAGUUUAGUCGCCCGUUUGAAAAAAAUCUGGGUGUUAAAAUGUUAAGCUGAAUAACAACAUUAUUAAUAAUGGGUAUAAAGAUUUGUGGAAUUUUGCUGACGCGCACAGCGAAAAGAAGUCCUUAUUUCCACCUCAAUGGCCAAGUGGUCGCAAUCGAUCCUCCGGAGGGUUUGCGAAAGUUUAAACGUUGUCGAUUAUUUCGUCCACCCGCGAUUCUAUUUAAGGAACUUAUUCUUCCGUACUUACUAUCUGCUGCAAAUUGGAAUCAUUCCGGUAUUUGUGCUGGAAGGUUCUGCACCGCCUCUGAAGUAUGGAGUGAUCAUCAAACGUAAUCAAACCCAGUUCCGAGGAGUUCCCCCGAGGAAAACGGCCAAUUGUGACAAAGCAGGUGGGACGCAGAAACCGAACGGGACAGAAUCUAAGGCACCUUCGGAACAAAAGAGGAACCGUUUUCACCACGUGCUGAAGCAAUGCGAAGAGCUGUUGAGUUCGAUGGGUUUGGUUUGCGUGCAGGCACCGGGGGAAGCGGAAGCGCUGUGUGCCUAUUUGAACCAUGACGGGAUGGUCUAUGGGGUAAUUAGCCAGGACUCGGACUGCUUUGCCUAUGGAGCUGUUCGGGUGUUUCGGAACUUUUGUGCUUCGCAGAGCGGUGGAGGAUCGGUCGAUGUCUACGAUAUGGACAAGAUCCGAAUGGUGAUGGAUUUGGGACAGGAGAAGAUUGUGGCGAUGGGAAUACUGUCCGGAUGUGAUUACAGUCCAGCUGGAGUUCCAGGAGUGGGCAGGGAGAUGAUCAAUCGAUUGCUGAACAUUUACCAUAGCAGGGAUGUAUUGGCCAGGAUACGAUCUUGGCGCGCUACAGCAGAUCGUCUUACCGAGCAGGAAAUUAAGGCCGAAGACAAAAACGUCUGUGCAGACUGUGGACACCAAGGGAAGACGUUUGUCCACCGGAGGGCCGGCUGUCAGGACUGCAGAACCAAAGUCGGAUGCGAUGAGUCCAGAUGGAAGAACCAACGGGCGAACAUUAAGACUGAGUUGGACAUCAAGAGAAAGGCGCUACAAGACCCGGAUUUCCCGCCAGAGGCAAUUGUGAGUGAAUUCAUGGAACGGAAAUGUGAGCUGCCUCCGUUGGAUUUGGAGUGGAGGCAACCGAAUAUUGUUAAGUUUAUUCGCAACAUUGCCAAUCUCCUGCAAUGGAACGAAAUCUACAGUUUUAUCAAAUUGUUUCCGCUCACCCGUUGGCAGUUGCUGACCCUUAGAAGAAAUCCAUCCCGUGGCAUCAGCGUUAAAUUGGAACCGGACUACAUCAAGAAGAAGCGAUCACCGAAAGGAGUCGCCAGCUUCGAAUUAUUUUGGAAAGAUGACGGAUCGAUCUUCUCCGGACUAGUCCCAGAUGAUCAGCUGCAAGCAUUUCUUGAUGAACCGGGUAACACCGAAGAGUCUCUAUGGAGUACUAUCGAGCCGCAAGACUUGGUUUCCGAGGCAUACCCAAGUCUCGUUAAAGCCUUCUUGUCGUCGAAGGCAAAGCCCCAAAAGAAAACCGAAAAAAGUCUCCUAAGAAGCAAUCCGGAACCAAAGACUGUCAGGAAUACGAAGCAGAAACGAUUGGAAGAACUUAUGAAUUUUGUAACAAGUGACGCUGGAUCACAACUGGAAGAACCAGAAGGAGAAGCCCUGAUAAUGAUAGAACCUGAUGAUGAAACCUCAACUGGCCACUUGUACCGAUUCCAGGGAGAACCAUUUCCGAGGUUGAACAAAGCAUCGCCGACAUGUCCGUUUGACUCCGAUUCGGAUUCCAUUUAUUGGGACCUGAUUUGCGAACGGAAUCGGCAUGGGACGCAGAUUAUCUGAAUGUCUCGGAUGUCAUCGAUCGCGUUUUGCCAUCCGGACUAUGGACGUGUCCCGUUCCCCGAUGGAGGAUGAAGAAGAUAAAAGAAUCAAGCAAUUGAUUGCCAAGGCCAAAAGCUAUGAAGACGUUGCUCUCGAUGAGUGUUCAGCAUGCAGCCUUGGACGAUCUUUGCCUUGACGAGGAACCGGACGAGCCAAACGCCGUUCAACACAAGCUACUUUGAAGCAGGACAUUCUCGGCAGGGAACCCGACUUGGCGAACCAAUCCCUGCUGAAUAGGUCGGUGAAGCCCCGUAAACGGAAAAAGUUUCUUUUUCGAGUCGAUUGAUGUGCACCUCCGGAACUGCAGGACGGUUACAACGAGAUGACAUGUUUGAGUGUUCCGUUGCGCUGAAGGAUCAAUUUGUGAUGCCGGUUUUCGGAUGACAUGAAUCGAACCGUUGUCUACGAUCUGGAUUUUUAGUGUAAGUAAUGUUAUUAUAUUUACUCGAAAUCGA